GAUGGUGUGAUUGGCGUAUAAAGCUUGACUAGACUGAUUUGACCUACAAAGUUUCUUGAGGACAAGAAGACUACUGGAUGUCUCCCGCAGCUAAUCGCCAAGAACCUCCACUGGUGUGAAUACUACCAAAAGAUCGACAUAUGACAUGACAUAUUACAGGAGAUGGUCAGAGACUGCAGAAAUACUACAGGAGAUGGUCAGAGACUGCAGAAAUACUACAGGAGAUGGUCAGAGACUGCAGACCUACUACAGGAGAUGGCCAGGGACUGCAGACAUAUUACAGGAGAUGUCAGAGACUGCAGAUCUACUACAGGAGAUGGUCAGAGAC